AUGGCAGACGCUAGUGAGGAUCACACGAGCAAUAUCGCACCCACAACAAUCACACACAGUACUCCAGGAUCGCAACAACAUGCCCAUUCAGACCCGACUCGCGGCCACAGUGCGGGUCUCACCUCACCCACCGUGUCAUCGACGGUAAGGCAACCACAGUGGAACGCCAACUACAUCCCGCCACCCACUACUUCUUCUCAUGGCAGGAGACCAAGCUCGCCCGAGGAGGCGGUAGCUGGCGUGAGGUCACCAGAAGAGCUUCUACGCCGUCUCAGUCUGACUGCGCAGGCAUCUGGCGAUCUGAAAACGUCAGACUUCAACCCUCAGGUCGCCUUUCCAGAACUCCAACUGAGUGGCAAUGUGAUCAGCGCAACGUUUUGUGUGCCGUAUAAGAUCAGAUAUGGAUCAAAUGGGCAAUGGGAUCUGAAGUGUCGCACGGGUACUUCGGCACUGUUCGACUCGUUUUCCUAUUUGGCAUCACCAGAAUCGGCGUGGAAGCACACUUUGGUUGGAUGGACUGGUGAGAUCAAUCGUCUACCUGACCAAAACUCAGGCGCGAGGCAGGCUGACGGGAGCUUGGCCGGCCCUCCGCUCAACAAAGCAUCAGCACCCAUUCCGGUCGACAAGAACACCAAGCCGGUGCAGCCCAACGAAGUUGCCGAGCUUCGCAUUCCCCUCGAGUCGCGGAAGGCACUGGAGAAGAUGCUCGAGCGUGAUCAUGGCGGAUGUGUCGAGCCUGUCUGGCUUCCCGACCGCCGCCUCGAAGAUGACACGAUCGUCCUUAGGGAGCAGAACAAGUGGAGACGGUAUGGAGAGCACGAGCUGUUCACACUCUUCCACUAUAAGCAGAAUGAGCCGUCCGAUGGCCGUGCGGCAAAGAGGGCCUACGAGAACUACGUGAAGAUGAACCAGACAUUCGCCGAUGCAAUUCUAGCUGUGUACCAACCGGGAGAUGUUGUGCUCAUUCACGACUACCAUUUGCUACUGCUCCCAAAGCUGCUCCGACAGCGGAUACCGGCGAUGUACAUCGGAUUCUUCCUGCACAUCCCCUUCCCCAGCAACGAAUACUACAGGUGUCUGACGAAGCGCAAGGAGAUACUUGAAGGCGUUCUCGGGUCAAACAUGAUCGGAUUCCAAGCGUUCAGCUACUCCCGUCACUUCGCAUCAUGCUGCAGUCGCCUGCUUGACACUGAAGCCUCACCUGCUGGUGUGGACUACUCUGGUGUGCAUUCGGCUGUUGAUGUGUUCCCCAUCGGCAUCAACGCGACAACGACAUUGCAAUCUGCCUUUGGCUCGCCAGAGAUCGAAGAGAAGAUGGCAUCUCUGCGUGAGCUGUACAGGGACAAGAAGAUCAUUGUCGGCCGCGACCGGCUCGAUUCGGUCCGUGGUGUGGUGCAGAAGCUUCAAGCUUUUGAGAUCUUCCUCGAGCGCCAUCCUGAGUGGCACGGCAAGGUGGUGCUGAUACAGGUCACCAGCCCGACGAGUGUGGAAGAUCGGGACGAGAGAGGCGACAAGACUGAGGCUAAGAUAUCGGACCUCGUUGCAAGGAUCAACGGUAACUACGGGACCCUAAGCUUCGUGCCGGUGCAUCAUUAUCCUCAGUAUCUCGCCAAGGAGGAAUACUUCGCGCUGCUGCGCGUGGCAGACCUUGGACUGAUCACGAGCGUACGUGAUGGCAUGAACACCACGGCUCUGGAGUACGUCCUUUGCCAGCGCGACCAUCACAGUCCGUUGAUCAUCUCGGAGUUUUCGGGAACAGCAGGCAGCUUGAGCGACGCCAUCCACAUCAACCCCUGGGACCUUAGUGGGGUCGCAGACGCGGUUGACAAGGCUCUCAAGAUGUCUCCGCUGGAGAAGCAGAUUUCCCACCACCGACUGUACGAGUAUGUCAAGGGCCACACGAUACAGCACUGGACGAAUAACUAUCUCAAGCGCUUGUUGACGAACCUUGCCGCAUUCGACCAGAACCAGACCACGCCUCUGCUGGAUCUGAAGGUUCUUACCAAGCGUUACCGUGCCUCCACACGGCGCCUGUUCAUGUUCGACUACGACGGUACGCUGACUCCCAUUGUUAAGGACCCGGAUGCAGCAAUACCCUCCGACAAAGUCAUCCGGACACUGAAGUCGCUCGCUUCCAACCCCAACAACGCCGUCUGGAUCAUCAGCGGCCGUGACCAGAAGUUUCUCGACGAGUGGAUGGGACACAUCUCUGCGCUGGGUCUGUCGGCUGAGCACGGAUCCUUCGUGCGCGUUCCCGGCUCAACAGAAUGGGAGAAUCUCACGGAGAAGUUCGACAUGAGCUGGCAGGAGCAGGUUAUGAGCAUCUUCCAACAGUACACCGAACGCACCAUGGGCAGCUUCAUCGAGCGCAAGAAGAUCGCUCUCACGUGGCACUACCGACGCGCAGACCCUGUUCUGGGACCGUACAAUGCGAACAAGUGCCAGCAUGAGCUCGACAGCGUCGUCACGCCGUACUACGAUGUAGAGGUCAUGACGGGCAAGGCGAACUUGGAGGUGCGGCCGAAGUUCGUCAACAAGGGCGAGAUUGCGAAGAGGUUGGUCGAGGAGUAUGGUUCGAGUGCGGAGGCUGAGCCGGACUUUGUGCUUUGUCUUGGUGAUGACUUUACCGACGAAGACAUGUUCCGCUCGCUCCGCGCAUCGAAAGUCAACAUCGACCACGUCUUCGCCUGCACCAUCGGGCCGAGCGAGAAGCAGACGCUCGCACGCUGGCAUCUUCGUGCUCCCGAAGACGUCGUCUCGGCAAUCGCAAUGCUUAACAAUCUUGCGGACACCGACGACCUCGACUUCGAGGAGGACGGACCCGGUCGUGUGAACGGCACGGAGGCACGACUGUGA